AUGAGCUGGGUGGACGGCGGUUCCCUCUCGCAAACGUACAACUCCAUUAGGAACCAACAAAUUCGUCACUCCAGCUAUCACCACUGCAAGAGGAUCCGGAAAGGAGACGUUUCACCUGAAGGAGGGUGGCCAUCUUGGUGGUCAGGCCAAAGUGGAUUACGUCAUGUUGGUACGGACAUCCUCAUGUCCCCUGGGGCGUCGACGAAUGUCAGUCUAGCCUACACAUCAAUUAAUGCGUCGAGUGACAACGAGAAACACGAGUUUCACGACUGCUUGAAGAUCGCUAUUAGCUCUUCGCGUCUCGACGUUACAAUUCUGACAGGCGACCUCGACGACAAGGUGGGAGCCGAGAACGGCAAACAUUGCCAAGCGCUUUUGUCCGGCAAACAACUCAGUCGUCGACGAGACCCAUUUUCUCAUUUGCACCGGUGCCAGUGUAUUCACCAAAUCACAUGGACGUUUCCUGAUGGAAGCGCAAGCACCCAGCUGGACUACGUCAUCACCAACCGCAAAUGGCGCAGAUGGGUAGUAGAGACUCACGUCAGGCUCGGCGCUUGUGUUAUGUGCCUGAUUAUCAUAUGGCCGUAG